UCGAAUGCGAACUUUACGGUCCCGCUGCCUUUCAUCACGGGGGGCAGCUGGAAGAAGUCGCCUGUGACGACGACCUGGGAACCUUGUCGCUUCCGAAUGAGUUGUCCGAUACGCGCGAGCUUGUCGAAGAGGUCGCCGUCGACCAUGGACACUUUUGCACUG